AAUGUUUACACGAAACCAUCCAAAAAACAAAAAAUAAGGAUUUAAAAAAAUGCAUAGUUAAAGGGUUGGAAAAGACUGAUAAGUUGAAUGAGUCGUCACGUGGUUAAGAAGAGGAGGAGACUUGGUUGCCGUUGGCAACUAAAGUAAAAAAAAGGGGAAAGCCCUAGCAUAAAGCACACAACACACACAUCUUUUUCUCACAGUUGUAGAUAUGUUUAUUCCCUGACUCUUAGGUAGUGUAUUUGUCUCUUUUCAGAGCCCGAAAGAAGACUCCUACGUCAGCCACCGAUAGGGGGCUUCUGUGCAGGCGGCCGAUCGGGGCCGGUGGUCGGCGGUAGAAGUCAUUUGUGGCCGCCUCAUGCGAGGCUAGGCCUCAGCUCCCGCCUUGAGCAUUCCUUUUUAACCAAAACAGUCUCUCGUGAGAGUGUGGCCGCUUCUCUGCGACAACUUUACAGAGAUCCUCCACAAAGUAGUAACGAGUUUGCCGAAAUAGCCGCCGAUUCCAUGCGUGUCAAUGGAGCCAUUCGUCAAUUUAAGCAGCUCCGUAAGCCCAUCACUUUUUCCUCUAGUAUGUCAAUUGAGUAUUCUAUGAAAGCCCAGAAUUCUACAGAAUCUGAGACGGCGGCGAUCGCUCUCGUCGGUAUUACCCACGACCAGCCGCCCGUCUCAGCCGAGAGAAAAGCCCCAUCUUCCGGCUUCCACAAACCAAGCGUCGGCUACAGGCUCGGACGAAGGAAAGCGCUUUUCGAGAAACGGAAAAGAAUCUCCGAUUAUGCUCUUGUUAUGGCCAUGUUUGGUAUUAUUAUGAUGGUAGUAGAAAAUGAACUCUCUGCUGCAGGUGUUUAUAAUAAGGCAUCUGUAUAUUCUACUGCUGUUAAAACUUUGAUCUCCGUUUCUACCCUUAUGCUAUUAGGACUUAUAGUAGCUUAUCAUGCUCUUGAAGUACAGCUGUUUAUGAUAGACAACUGUGCCGAUGAUUGGAGGAUUGCCAUGACUCCUCACAGAAUAUCGCUUAUUUUUCUGGAGUUGGCCAUCUGCGCCGUCCAUCCCAUUCCUGGGGAAUACUACUUCACGUGGACCACGAAACUGGCCAAUCAGAACGGCAUAAUCGAAUCCAGAAAGGUGCCUAUUGAUGUCACUCUGUCCUUACCCAUGUUCCUACGCCUGUAUCUCAUUUGCAGGGUGAUGCUCCUGCACAGUAAACUUUUUACAGAUGCCUCAUCUAGAAGUAUUGGAGCCCUAAACAGAAUCAAUUUCAACACUAGGUUUGUCCUCAAGACACUGAUGACCAUAUGUCCUGGAACUGUCCUCUUAGUCUUCAUGGUCUCCUUAUGGAUCAUAGCUUCAUGGACUUUAAGAUUAUGUGAAAGAUAUCACGACGAAGAACACGCGAACUUAUUAAACACUAUGUGGUUGACGGCCAUUACUUUCCUAUCUGUCGGUUACGGCGACAUAGUGCCCAACACUUACUGUGGCCGCGGCAUCUCUGUCAGUACGGGUCUUAUGGGCGCGGGUUGCACUGCCUUAGUCGUUGCGGUCAUCGCCCGGAAACUCGAGCUGACUAGAGCAGAGAAGCACGUUCACAACUUCAUGAUGGACACUCAGUUAACCAAGAGGUUAAAGAAUGCUGCCGCCAACGUGUUGAGAGAAACUUGGCUUAUAUACAAGCACACUAAACUAGUUAAAAGAGUGAAUCAAUCAAAAGUCAGAGCACAUCAAAGGAAGUUCCUUUUAGCCAUUUAUUGUCUUAGAAAAGUAAAAAUGGACCAGAGAAAACUUAUGGACAAUGCAAACACCAUCACAGACAUGGCUAAGACGCAAAACUCUGUCUACGAAAUGGUUUCUGAAAUGAACCAGCGACAUGAAGUUCUUGAAGAAAGAGUAUUAUCAUUAGAGGAACGUUUAACUCUAAUACAAGAUCAGCUGGAGGCUCUUCCUGAUGUCUUAACAAAAGCUUUAUCAGCCCUUCCCACAUUCAGUUCUACAGAAGGGGGGCGGUCACAAAGUGACGCACAGCAAUUACAAGCCCCCCAACCAAGUAGCCGCCAUGUAUACCUUCAUCCUGAUGAUGCUGCAUCCUUGGCAAGUAGACCAAACUGGACAUCUGUCAAUUUAGCAAGUAGUAAUAGAACUCCACCACCACCCCUAGUGGUGCCACGUGCUUUAUCAACAGAGAACUAAAAGUGAAAUAUCUACACGAGAAAAAACAAUAAAACUUGAACGAAAUAUAAUCGAUUCAGACGAAAUGCUGAGCUGGAAAGCAUAAUGCUUUAGAGAGCUCAGAACAUUUAGUAUGUCGAUCAUAUGAACCUGGGAACAUAAAGGGCUUGGUAGAACAGUACUUGUCCAAGUAAAUAAAAGAUUAUACAGCUAUUACGACUUGAAGUUGGUUAUAACCAUACUGAGUCAUAAUUAAAGGCAAAGAGUUUUAAUCGAAAUGACAAAUCAUUGCUGGUAUCGAUUAAACAAUGAAUGUUUAAUGUACCAAGUACAUAUGUACGUCAUUCUGAAAUAUUAUUUCCACAUUUAGUGGAGCAUACACGCACAAAAAAUCAACAAUUUGUUUUAUCAAUGAGAAGGUAUCUGAACUAUUUUAAUUGAUGCUCCUUUUUAAUUAAUACUCAUUUUUCAAAACCUUAGAGUCUAACAAUGCUCUAAAACUCAUUUUAAUCACUGUGAAAGCAGUCAUUAUAUGCACAGUUAUAAUAAGCGCACUUAGGAAUAAUUCGGAAGUUACAAAAUUAAGCUAAGCAAUUUCAUUCAUAAAACCCCACGCGUAAUUUAUUUGUAUGUUUAAGUCUUAUUUAUUUUAGUUAUUCAAAAUAAAAAUUGAAACCAGCACAGCUUUGUCUUUUCGAUCCCUCGUGCAAAAAGAACUAGUCCCAGAAUAUACGAAAAAUUCCUUUUUUCGUUUCAAGUGCUUGUGCAUACUGGUGUCUGAAGAUAUAUCAUAAAAAAAAAAACAUUUUGUUUUGUAGAGAAGUGCAAAACAAGACAUUCUGAUAAAACUUUACAUAUAAAAACUUAACUCUGGUUGUCAUUCAUAAUCAGGGUGUACUUGCAAUGCUGCAGGAUCACAUUGCCGAUUAAUCGAUGGAGCCAACUU